CCCUCAUUUCAGUUCUCUUCAUCCCAAAUCUCACAAAACAUUUCAUCUCAGCAUCUUCUCUCUUUGUUCAGUUCUCUGAUCAGUUUAAUAGUUUCAACAAUCAAUUCAUCAUGUCUUCUUUUGCUACUUCUAAUGUUGUUCUGUUUCUUGUUUUCUCGGUCUCUUUUAUUCAUUUCAAUGCUGAAGCAAGGAGGCUUGCUGACCAAACCGAGCAGCCUUUGCUGUUUCAAUACCAUAACGGCCCUCUUCUAACUGGGAAAAUCUCUGUUAAUCUCAUUUGGUAUGGCAAGUUCAAGCCUUCUCAACGUGCAAUUGUGUCCGAUUUCAUCAAUUCCGUUACAUCUUCCAAGCCUGCUGUAGCUCAACCCUCUGUUGCUACGUGGUGGAAAGCCACGGAAAAAUACUAUCAGCUCAGCAAGAACCCUUCUUCUCUUGUCCUCUCAUUGGAUUCACAAAUCCUUGAUGAGAACUACUCUUUGGGAAAGUCACUAACAAAUCAACAAAUCGUACAAUUAGCAUCAAAGGGUGCUCAGAAGAAUGCCAUUAAUGUUGUCUUGACAUCAGCCGAUGUAGUUGUUGAAGGGUUCUGCUCGAGCAGGUGUGGAACCCAUAGUUCAGCUUUGGGCUCAAGCAAUGGUCACAUUAAGGGUAAGAGCUCCAAGUUUGCUUACAUUUGGGUUGGUAACUCUGAGACACAGUGCCCAGGUCAAUGCGCUUGGCCAUUCCACCAGCCCAUCUACGGACCACAGAACCAACCUUUGGUUGCACCCAACAAUGACGUUGGUCUUGAUGGGAUGGUGAUUAAUCUAGCUAGCCUCUUGGCCGGGACUGUGACGAACCCAUUUGGAAAUGGCUACUAUCAGGGUCCAAAAGAAGCACCCCUGGAGGCUGCAUCGGCUUGCCCUGGGAUUUAUGGUACAGGGGCUUAUCCAGGCUAUGCUGGGGACCUUCCAGUGGACGCUACAACUGGAGCUAGCUACAACGCACAUGGUGUCAAUGGGAGGAAGUACCUUCUUCCUGCUUUGUUUGACCCGUCAACCUCAACUUGUUCUACUCUGGCUUAAAACAAUUUUUUUUACAAGACAUGCUAACAUGUCAGUGUAUAAUUUUGUGAAAGAUUCUUUUAUUGUAUCAUUCAAUCAUUCUUUUUCUAUCACGAUCGAAUAAGAGAUUCGCAGUUAAAUUUCUCCUUCUCUUAUAUUCUAAGUGGUGCAUUUCCUCUGAUGCUCAUUGUUUAUUUUAAUUAAUAACUUUAAAGAUGUUCUC